AUGCGUCUUGUAUCACCAGGGGCUACUUUGGUCUUGGCCAUCGUGCUUGGCCUGACGAAGGGUGCAACUGUUGAGCAGAUUGGGGCUGCUCUCGACGCAAUCAAGCUCCAUAAUAUCGAUGACGUUCGUGGCAAUAUCAAUCUCCCAUCUUCAUCCGAUGGGGUCAACAUUUCAUGGGCCAGCUCCAACAACGACAUUAUCUCUCAAGAAGGUUGGGUUGUCAGACAGCAAACCAACACCAAGGUCACAUUGACAGCAUCAACGAAGGAAGACGAUGGCACAGUCCACGAGAGAGAAAUUCAAGCUCAGGUUCGGGCUGCCGUCGAGGCCGAGGAGUACGAGGGAUACGCAUUCUCUUACUUUGUGGGAAACACACUUGCAGGAGAGAAUAUUUUCUUCGCUGCCAGUAAUGGAAACGAUGCACUGUCCUGGAAAGAACUGAAUGAUGGUCAGGCAUCCCUCAAAUCGACCCAGGGAACUGGCGGUCUUCGUGACCCUUUCCUCAUACGCUCGCCUGAAGGCGACACUUUCUACCUAAUUGCAACAGACUUGUCGAUUGGAAGCGGAACGUCUUGGAAUGAUGCAGUUCGGAAAGGAAGCCAGUAUCUUGAGGUCUGGGAAUCCAAUGAUCUGAUCAAUUGGUCUACUCAGCGCCACAUCAAGGUUGCACCAUCAAACGCGGGAAAUACUUGGGCCCCGGAGGCAUAUUAUGACGAUGAAUUGGGCGCAUAUCUUGUUUUCUGGGCUUCUUCACUCUAUGCUGAAGAUGAUCCAAAUCAUGAAGGUUCCAGUUACCAUCGCAUGAUGUACGCAACAACGCGUGACUUUGUUGCUUUCACCGAGCCAGUCGUGUGGCAAGAUGCUGGCAUGUCCCGGAUUGAUACAACUGUCUUGAAAGAAAAUGGUGUAUAUUACCGCUUCACCAAGGACGAGGGAGGUACUGGCAGCGGUUGCUCUGAUAUCAUCCAAGAAAGCUCCACACGGCUUCGAGACACUCUCGAAGGAUGGAAGACAAUUACAUCCUGUAUUGGACACAACGCAGGAACAUCAAACGUGGAGGGACCAACAGCUUUUAAGUCCAACCCUAACGAUGUUCAUGGUGAGAAGUUCUACCUCUUCGUCGAUGAAUACACAGGCCGUAAAUACAUCCCCCUAGCUACCGCUGAUAUCGCCAAUCCGGAUUGGAAAGUUCCUGGAUCCUUCUCUCUCCCCUCGAGCCCCCGGCAUGGGACGGUCAUUCCAGUUACCAAGGCUGAGCUAGCAGGACUCAGAGGCGAGACGCAGCGGGCUAACUCAGACGAGGCUGUCCUCCCUGGUUACUUUGCUGACCCGAAUAUGGUCGUUUUUGAGGGAGAUUGCAACUACUACAUCUAUGCCACUACAGAUGGGAUCCCUGGAUGGGGUGGGAAUAAGUUCUACUCUUGGAAGUCGCGGAACCUCGUGGACUGGAUCCGUUCAGAAGAUCCGUUUCUGGUGCUCGAUGGUGAGAACGGGAAUGUCCCCUGGGCCACGGGGAAUGCCUGGGCUCCAACAAUUAUCGAAAGAGAUGGAAAAUUCUACUUCUACUUCAGUGGAAAUAGUCCCGAGCACUCCAACAAGGUCAUGGGCGUGGCUGUUGGGAAUUCACCACUUGGUCCCUUUGUGGCCCAGGAGAAGCCCAUGGUUACCGGGGAUGAGCCCGUAAGGACCUCUGGAGGAGCGAUUGACCCUUACGUAUGGCACGAUCAGACCACAGGGAAGUACUACCUCUACUGGGGUAAUGGCACGCCCGUGUACGCUCAGCUGAAUGAUGACAUGGUCUCCGUUAAUUGGGAUACCGCGGCGAAUAUGGAGGGCCUCACAAACUAUCGCGAGGCAAGUUUCAUGAACUACCGCCAUGGCAUCUACCACUUCACAUACUCCAUAGACGACACCCGUUCAGAGAACUAUCGGGUUGGGUAUGCUACUGGACCCAGCCCUGACGGCCCAUGGACCUACCAGGGAGUCAUUUUAGAGAAGGAUACGUCGCAGGGAAUUCUGGGUACAGGACAUAGCUCGAUCGUCAACGUACCUCAAACGGAUGACUGGUACAUUGCUUAUCACCGGUUCGGUAUUCCAAAUGGAAAUGGCACGAUGCGCGAGACGACUAUUGACAAAUUAACAUUCAACAACGAAACUGGUCUGAUUGAGACGGUCAUUCCGACGCUUGGUGGAGUGCCCGCGCAAUUUAUUCCUGGAUGCGAGACCAAGCGCGAUAGAGUGAAGAAAAGAGGCAUUCGGCUCCCAUUGGCGGGCUAA